CACAGCAUGAAGAAACUUGUUACCUUCUUUCUUCUUGUCAUUUUGCUACUUGAAAUAACAAUUUCUGUUGACUCCCAAAAGCUAACACUCUUGAAAUUUGUGCUUCAAUGGCCACCAACUUACUGUAUAGGACUGAAUUCUGCAGCACCACCAGGCAGGUGCAAAGAGCCAAUUCUUCAGCAUAAGUUGACACUCCAUGGAGUUUGGCCAGCAGAUCAAAGAGGAAAUAGUCUUACAUGCCCUGAACCACCAGAUCCAAAUUGGAAUCAAGUGUUUACAGCAGCGGUAGAGAAUCAACUCAUGGCAUUCUGGCCACCACUUAGAGAAAACUCUCAAAAAAGGGACCUGUGGAAGCACGAGUGGCGCGCGCAUGGAGCGUGUGGAGGAACAACACCACAAGUAUACUUCAACACAGCAAUAAAGAUCAACAACAUGCUUCAAAAGGGAAACUUGUUCAAUUACUUGAAAACAAGUGGGAUUAUUGCUUGUAAUAGUUUGUCUUUUGCUAAAAAAGAUAUCGUUGAUGCUAUUCGAAAGGUGUUUGUUCAAUUACUUGAUGUUUACCUAACAUGUAUUCCAAUUGAUGCAACAAACAAAACUCAUGUUUACUUGAGUGAGGUUACCUUAUGCACUAAUUUGGUUGGCACUAGUUUCAUUUCAUGCCCCAUACAAGCUACUCCAACAAGUUGUUCUAGUGGAGCUAGGAUUAUGCUACCUCAUCCAAAACCUCAAUGUCACGAUCCAAAAAUGGAUGUCACUAUCGCCGCCUUCACCACCACGGAGAUUCCAAGAAGAAAUAAAUCUAGAUGGGAUAUAUCCUAA